AUGGUUGAUGUUAUUGAGGCUGCCUUUCAAUUUGUGUCUGUCCUUCGGCCAGAACGUCUGAUUUGUUGGAAUAAUAAUAAUUACCGUGGUACUGUGUUGAAUUUAGAUGGUAGUUGCUUGGGUUCUCCAAUUCGAGCUGAUUAUGGAGGUAUAAUCCGUAAUUAUGCAGGUUUCUUCCUAGCAGGCUUCUCCGGUUAUAUCGCAGCAUCAACGAACGUUUUGUUGGUCGAGCUUACGACAAUUCAUAGAGGUCUGCUUCUGGCAGUUGAGAUGGACAUUGCUGAUAUGAUUUGUUAUUCUGACUCGAUGCUAUCUGUUAAGCUUCUCACUUAUAGUAACUCUCCCUACCAUGCUUAUGAUGUUUUACUCCAAGAUAUUAAAGACCUGCUUUCCUCAAGGAACUUCUCAAUCCAUUGUUACCUCAGAUAA